AUGGUAGAGGCACAUCUUGAUAUUGUUCAUGAUGGUGUUAAGCAUGUUGGUUGGGUGCCCGACCUUCUCCAUGCACUCCGUAAAACAAAAUUUUUGGCAUUGAGAGGUCACACAACACAGUGCUUAUUUAGUGGUCAAGCUUUUAAGUUUCCAGAAUUUCCCGGUUUGCUCAAUCUAGAGCUUGAUGUUCCAAGUUUCAAAACGAAUUUCCUGCUAAACUUCCUUCAUAAUUGUUAUGUGCUUGAAUCUCUGGUGAUUCAUGAUGUUUUCGAGGGAGUAGAUUUACUCCAGGUGGAGUAUUAUGGGUCAACAUCAUCAACUAUGGUUCCCAAUUGUGUGACAUCACAUCUCAAGAAUUUUGAGUUUAGAGGAUAUCAAAACUCUUGCAUGAGCGUGAAUUUAUCGGGCUAA